AUGGAUAUUCUGCAAAUCUUGCUGGUGUUGCCUCCUCUCCUGUCUACACAGAGCACCUCAACCUUCCAGGGUGAUGUCACAGCUGAUCCCAUAGCGCUAACCAGCACAACAAGUACGAGAAAGGCUUCCACUUCCACUUCUGGCUCUCAGACCCCUGGACCCAGUUCCAAACCUGCGGUAGAGGAAGAGUGGGCUCACGUGGAAGCUUAUUUGUACAGCGGAAACGCAAGCCUCCUGUCGCUGGCAAAGUGCACACAAACGUAUCACUUGAGCGGGCUGCAGGGCUCUCAGGCUGUCCUCGGUCCCUUUCUGCAUCAAGCCUUGGAUGCUCUCACUAAUGCUGCCAACUUCCUCAACAUGAUCUUCCAGGCCAAUGACUUGCGGGAAAGCAGCAUAAGGGAAGACAUGGAGUGGUACCACGCGCUGGUGCGUGGCCUGAUGGAGGGUGAUCCCCUCAUUCGCCGAGCGCUCUUCACCUUCGAUACGGAACCUACCGCUCUGCAGCCACAGCUCGUGCUCCAAGCUUCCCGGCCCAGUUACAAGUCCCAGGACAUUUUACUGCAGGACAUGUCCUCUGCUUGGGAGCGCCUGCAUCCACCUGCCCCGGCACCACACAUCAGCUGGUACACUGCCUUCAAGUUUUCGGCCCAGCUGGCUCCCACCCUCUCCAAGCGAGUACUCCUCAAUGACCUCCACACCCUGGACACACCGAAAUGGGGCCGAGGCGACAGCUAUGUGACCAGUCAGAAUGGGGUGCACUGGGCAGACCCACCCUUUUUAGAGUGUGACAACAGGCACUUCUUACCUGGCUGGUUACUCACCCUCUCCACUCCUUUCUAUGGUCUCAAACCCGACCUGAGCCCAGAGUUCAGGGGUGUGAUCCGCAUAGAUGUCAAUCUGCAGAGCUUUGAUGUGGAUCAGUGUGCCGAGGGAAACGACUGGUUCUUCAACACACACCAGUGCAACCGCUCCAGCAUGCAUUGCGAGCACAUUCGGGGACGGGGCUUUCGGCUCGGACAGUAUCGCUGCCAUUGCAAGGAGGGGUUCUACAGCCCGCUGCCGGCCACCCCAGAUGCACGAGUUCAGGAGAAGAGAAAUGGAAACGGCAGCGGAAGCUCUCCUCCUGCACUACCCCUGUGUCUGCCCUGCUGGCCAGGCUGCAAGCAGUGCAAGGAUGGAGCCCCUUGCAAGGUUCAGGAGGACUGGUACCUGCGGGCAGCUGUGCUCACGGUGCAGGGCUUUUUCAUGCUCCUUGUCCUCAUCAGUAUGUUGGUCGCUUACCAGUUUCGUAGAAACAAGAGGAUCAGAGCAUCGGGCCUGGUGCUGCUGGAAACCAUCCUGUUCGGCUCACUGCUCCUCUACUUUCCUGUGUUCAUUCUAUACUUCAAGCCCAGCACCUUUCGGUGUAUUUUGCUCCGCUGGGUGCGUCUCUUGGGAUUUGCCAUCGUUUAUGGCACAGUGACACUGAAGAUGUACCGGGUUCUAAAAGUGUUCCUGUCCCGAACCGCCCAUCGUGUGCCCUACAUGUCAAGCACACGCUUGCUGAAGAUGCUCGGCGUGGUGGUGCUCACAGUUUGCUGGUUCCUGACCGCCUGGACGGCUGGUGCUCUGCAGAACCGUGACCGCAGCAUUCCCUUAGUGGUCAGCGCGAGCACCAGGCAGGGUCAGGCCUUCACUCAGUGUGAUCUCGAUCGCUGGGACUACAUGAUGGCCAUAGCGGAGAUGCUGUUCUUGUGCUGGGGCAGUUCGCUGUGCAGUGCCGUCAGGAUGGUGCCCUCCGCUUUCCACGAGCCUCGCUACAUGAGCAUCGCGAUCCACAAUGAGCUUCUGGUCUCCUUGCUCUUCCACGUUCUCCGGUUCUUCAAGCCCUUUCUGCACCCCGACUGGACGCUGCUGCUUUUCUUCAUGCACACACACAUCACCGUCACCGUUACUGUGGCUCUGCUCUUCAUUCCCAAGUUUCUACACGUGUCACGGCCGCUGCGCGAGGAAAUUGCUGCUGAAGUGUACGAGGACGAGGUUGACCUGCGACGCUCCUGCUCCUAUUUUACCAGCAGCUUCGCUUCUGCGUGGAAUGAACACAACUUUGAGCCCGAUGACAUCAGGGAUGAGUUAAAGAAGCUGUAUACACAGUUGGAGGUGCACAAAACUAAGAAAAUGACUGAUAACAACCCUCACCUGCCAAAAAAGCGCAGUUCUCGACUAGGACUGGGGCAGUCCAUCAUAAAGCGCAUCACAAAGAUUCCCGAGUCCAUGAGUCGCCAGUGCAGCCGCGAGGAGAAGGACGUGUCACUGUGCGGUCGAACCGGCAGCAAGCAAAGCUCAUGCAUAAAAAGGGGGCUGGAAUCAGCGAGCAUCAAAUCUUCAGAAGAAUCAUUCAACCAGUGCGCUCUUCUGCUGCACAAGUCGCACAGCACCUAUGACUACAGCAAAGAUCGCCAGUCCCACUUCGUAGAUCCCAGAGACGUCUCGCUGCUCGACUCCUUGAUGAGGAGGAAGUUGGCUAAGGCAGCAUUUGAGCGCUCUGAAAUAAAGUCUGUAGAUGCUGUGCCUUUCGUGUACAAGUCCGCCAGUGCUCACAACCUCUCUGUUGACCAACAACUGUUGCAGCCCGAACCAAAGAAGCUGCAGAAAUCACUGAGUGUGAUGACAAGCAACAAGGAAGGUUCACAUGAGCAAGCAGGUAAAUCUUGUAAUGUGGAGCAAACCCUUGAUGUCAGCAGGGCAAAAAAGCAAGACAGCCAGUCUAGACUUGGUGCCUCCAUAAGUUCUCAAACGUUAAACGCCCUUCUGUCUGAGUCAUUUGACAAAGCAGAAGUCUGUCCCUGGGAGCUUGAGGAUCAUCUCCCAGAAGGUAAAAGUCAGAAGCAUGUCACCUAUGCGACUGGCUCAUGCCGUAGCCAAAGAACCCUGGAAAGGACAGACUCUCCUGCCAUUCAGCAAUGUCACCUUGGUCCAUGGGACACCCUGACCAUGGACUACUCCAAAACGACAGAGGACAAACACGGAGGGGCAGAGGCAUCAGACUCCGAUUCGGAAUCGAUCAAACCUCAGGUUCCUCUCUCAUCCAGUGCUCCACAUUCCCCUGUAACAGGAGUAGGAAAGCAAAAAGAGCAGCGGGUCUUCUCAUUCUAUGGCAGACCUGCUCUCUCCAUGAAAGAGGCAUCUGAGCAGCUUCCAAUAGGACACCAGGGUAAUUUCGCUGCUGACAUCUGUCCUUGGGAGGUGGAGGACACCAGCAGCUCCUCCAUGGUAAUGAAUUCUGCCAGAUUUCCUGAAGAGAUAAAGGAAAUAGAGAAGACUCAACGGAAGGAAGGACUCCCUGCUAAUGUAUGUCCUUCACAGGAAGAGAAAAUGGUAAGGCACAGAAGUGAGGAUAGAAGCUCUGUUACAAAUGAAGUACGGGGCAUAUCACAGAAUCAGGAUGGACUGAAGAAAGAGGAUCCCAAUAAAACAACAUACAGCACAAAAAAGACUGUGGAUGAAACCACAAUGAAGGUAGAAAUAUGUCCCUGGGAUGUUGUAUCUGCAUACAUUCCUCAAACAAAUCAGAGUAGCAUAGAAGACAUCUGUCCCUGGGAUGUGAAGAUACUAGAAAAAGAGAAGAAAGCACAGGAAGGUGUGCUCAGUGAAAUAUGCCCCUGGGAAACAGCUGAGCCUGAGAGAACAUUUAGACAGUCAGAAAUCUGCCCGUGGGAAGACAAAGGAAGUGAUAUCACUGACAGCAAGAAAACAGACGAACUUAAAUGUACAAACAGCACGCAGAGAAUGGACAAUGAAACUCCAAACAUUCAGAGUUUCGUGGCAGAAGUGUGCCCCUGGGAUGUCAUUGCAUCCCCCCAGGAAAAGACACAAAGAAUGCCAACAGUUAUUGCAGAAGUGUGUCCCUGGGACGUAAAUCAAAGUGAUUCUCCUCAUGUCCAACUUGAGGCCUCUGAGCCUUCUCCAGAAGGACUGAAAGUUAUGGAAAGCACAGCAGAAAAACAAAAGAGUCCAAUGCUCUGGAAUACAGAGACUGAUGAAGGAGAGAAGAUGACAAAAAUGCAAGAUGUUUCUGCUAUCUCUGGCCAGUCCUGCCCUUUGGAGCUGGAGACAUGCCAGGCUGAAGGUAAGCGUGAACAUGAGAGGAAUAGGGGAUCUCUGAUCUCCAUGGGAGAAUCUCCCAAUGACAGCACAGUGCCAAGACAGACGAGCAUCACUGUAGAACCCUGUCCAUGGCGUUUCCCUGAGAUGUCAGUGAACAUGCAGGAGAUCUGUCCCUGGGUCUCGAUGAGUGCCAAGCCCAGCCUUGUGAAGCAGACAGCCAUCCAGCUGUCUUCAGAGGAGCCUGAGGCAGCAGAUACAAAAGAAGAAACAACUUUUGUCAGUAACUGCUCAGUCACAGCAAAAACUGCUUCCCCCGACAUCCAGACCACAGAGAAGCAAGACAAGACAAAAGGGCGGAGUGGUGUUGGCCAAGGUCUUGCUCCACUGGCGACUAAGGAAUCUGAAGGGACAACAGUGAGACACGCUGGCACUGACACUAAUGAGCAUCCUUUGGAAAGAGUAGAAGUUACAUCAAGUGGAGAGCUGCCAUUGGGCUUCGGUACCCAAUCUUCAGCUGCUGCAGUGCCAAUGCUAGAAACUGCCACAACAGAGACAAAGUCUAGCAAAAGCUCUCAUGAAGCAGGAGAAGCACAGCCUGAGCACCCUGCAGCUUACUGCGACUCAUUCAAUCCUUGGCAUGAGCAGGAGGUGAAACGAUCUCUCAUCUUCCCAAACUCGGCCCCCUGGGAAGGUGAAAACACGACAAAUGAUGCGGAGAGCGAAGCGGAAGCCUUCUACUUCCCACCCGAGCUGUGA